AUGACAAUCUUCUUUGGAAAACAGGCUGUGUUGGAGGCGAGCGGGGAAGGAGAGGCCUCGGACGACGGCGGCAGCGACAACGAGGAAGGAAGCAGCGAAGCCUCCGCCGCCGCCGCCGCCUCCGCCGCCGCCCGCGACCCGCUGAAGCUCCUCUUCAAGAGCGUUACCGGCGGGUGCGACGGGGUCGGCCAAGCCUUUCGACGGCACUUCUGCCAAGAAGCUUUGUUUCGGAGGACGGGGGCCGGGGGCGAAGCAGGGGGAGGGGAAGGGGGCGAAGGCACGGGGCCCCCUAGAUGGGUCGCCGACGAAGAGCAGGAGGCGUGCAUGUUAUGCGACAGAGUGUGAGUCCCUUUUAUGAGGCAGUUCAACAGAAUCUACGGCAGCUGCAGCAGCACAAGUAGUAGCGCGUCUGACGUUGGCAUAGCUUUUAAGUUUGUUGGCAUGGAAGAGCGGGGGCAGGCGAGGGGGCCAGGAGGAACAAGCUACAACAGCAGUAGAUAUCCAAUGAUUAGUGGAGGCUUGG